AUGGUGGACGCGCUGCGUGCCGAUGAGGACGAAAUUGUUCGCGCACGCAAUCCUUUCCUGGAGACGAACGAGGUGCGGCUGGUUCCGUUGCGUGUACUGGAUCUAAUGAAUGAUACGAAGUUCAAGGGUUACUACCAGAGGCGGUUGAAGGAAUUGGCGGAGGAAGUAGUGGACUGGGAGGUGGUGCGUAUCUGUGAUGAUCUUCUGCGCGAACGUGCGAAUGACAUCGCCUCGCGACAUUUGGGACGGUGCCAAGACGCUGCGGGGUCGAUGCGCAGCCAGGGUGUGUUGCCUGCUGUGUUAGACGCUUUCCCCCCUGAUCUGCAGUUGGACGCGGUUACUUUGGAGAGAAUACUGCAGGGUCUCAUGAAGAGGGAUGACGUGAAUGGGGAGGUGGUGCGGCUGGGCAAGACAUUGGGCGCAGUGGAGCAAGGCAUCGCGGCUGAGGUGAACCGACUUCGGACAACUUACCCGAUGUGCGUGCGGGAUGUGAACCCUGCUGUCGAGUUUGAUGAGACAUUUCAGCGACUUGAAAACGAGCGGCGGUCACUGCUGGAGCGAUUCACGAAGACUGAGCUUAUCGAGUCGCUGGAGAAGGAGGAAAGGAAGCAGAGCGUUGAGCUGCUAGAUGAUGAGCGGUAUGUGGCGGCGGCAGCGGAGGCGUGUCGCGGGUCAAGUGGCAAGCACACGAACGAGAUGACGGAGGAGGAGUUAACUGCACGUUGGCGGCACCACCUUCUGGCGCGGCGUGCGCGGCGUCGUGUUGUGACAUUCCUAGAUGUGACGCAGGAAGAACGUGAAACCGCGCGGGAGCAAGAGCGGGAGCGGAGGCGGUCGGUACACCAGCGCAAGAAGAAGCGUAGCGGAAGCUCCGCUAGUUGCUCCAACCUUUCCUUCUCGGAGGUACCAGACAACGUGUUUAUUGAGAUCAAGGAGGAGGACCUGGAGCUUUCACCGACGCUGCGCAGCAAGCGGACCAGCCGGAUCUUUAGCGAUGGUACGUCACACAGCGAGGUCCCUACUGGCAGUGAAGGCGAGGAGAGCUCACAUGUUUCAGGCAAGAGAAUUCGACGCUCAUUGCAGCUGCGCCGUCUACGCGCCCAUCGCUUCUCUGGUGGGUUGGCGGUAGAUGCGAUCCCUGACCUGAUUGCGUACCAAAUCGCGGAGGACGGCACGGUGUCACAAGUUGUCGACGGUGCGGUGUCUGGCGACGAGGGGUCCAUGACGUUCCUUUCGCCGCCACGCACCACUGCUCCUGGGCUGGCAAUACCGCUGCCGCUGCCACCACCACCGACCAAGGGGGAGGGAAAGAAGAAGAAGAAGUUGGUGCUGCGGAAGCGGCCAAGACUGCGUCGCGGGCCGGCGAACAGCGUGUCGCAGCUCACCAUGAGUGCCGUUCCCGAGUUGACGGCGGGGGAAUUGGUGGAGCAGGGCACGGAGAGUCUUGACAGCGCGGGAUUGGAUGUGCAUGGCAGUUCGGCGGCGCUACACCGCCUGAAGAAGCCGCCGGCGCAGCAGCCUGUGAAGAAAAUGGAUUCCUCGCCGCAACGGCAGGCAAAGAAGCAUCGCAAGUCUGCCAAUGUGUCGCUGACGAUGACGGCAGUUCCCGACGUACAGGGCUUGUUUAUACCGGAGGAGGUGCCGGAGGUGCCGCCACCCCCGCUCGCCGACAGGAACGCGUCAGUCGGCGAGCCGGAUAUAAAGACGAAGCCGCGCCGCAGAGGGACUGGGCGUGGGCCGGAGGUUCUUACCGCUCUGACAGAGGAGCCGGGGGAGUUGCAAGAGCCACGGGAGGACCAGCGGCAGUCGCCACUGAGUGCAGUGUUGGCUCAUAGCAUGAUGCUGGAUGUGCGCACUCACGACCUGAGUUUGACGGCUCUGCCGCCGCCGCCGCCGCUGCCGCAGUCUCUGCCAAAGAUUGUCGGCAUGCCGGCAUCAGCGCCUACGGCGGCAGAAGCCAGUGUAGCGAAUGGCGCGGUGAAGCGGCGGGGUGCAAAACGGCCGGACGGGAAGAAACGGCGCGUGAAGAAGCCUAAGGAGCACAAGGGGUCUCUUAUUGUCUCACGACUGGAGGACGAUCGCUAUGGUGAGAUACCUGACACCAUGGAGAACGAACUCUCCGCGGGAAGCCCCCGCGGGGACGUGUCGCACGUUGAGGCCACUCCGGAGGCCAAACGACCGGCCCGACGCGGUCGCUCCUUGCAGCGGCACCACGAGUCUAUCUCUCAGGUGCAGGAAAAUGAGGUGUCAUGCAUCCAGGAUGACGUGAAAGGGAACCUUGCGGCGAAAACGAGCCGCCGCCGCUGCUCCUUUGACCUCUCCUCCAUCAUACCGAUCAAUAGGCGGGAGGGGCGAGAAAUGGAGCGGGAACGUCGAUUCAUUUCAGGUGUGCUCAACAAGGCACGACAGCUGUUGUCACGUCAUACGACAGUGGAAGAGAUUGAGAGUGACACAAAGGCGAUGGAGUUGGUCUUUAAGCAUGAGGACAUCUCGCAGGUGUUUGCAAUGCGACGUGUCGACAUAGGCGAUGCAUACCUGAAGGAAAUUGCCGCCGCGGCGCUGCAGCGCGUGAUUGAGAUGUCGAAGGAGCCAGUAUCUGCGGGAGCUACAGCACGUGCGCUGGCGGCGCGAGAGGCGCGGCGUCAAGAACUCGUGAAGCGCGCAGCGGCAACGAUUUCGGGCAACAAAAGCAACAACGUCAAUGAUGAUGCGGCUGAUUUGGAUGUGAACAACCCCCGCUGUGUGCCGCAGCCAUGGGCGCACCUUACCGAUGAUGAGUUGGCACAGGACGUGGAGUUGCACGCCAUCCUCGAUUCACGCAGCAAGACGGACGGCAAAGGACUGGCAACGUAUCUCCGGGAGUGGUCGAAGCGGAAGGAGUCGGAGAAUGAGGUCCUCUUCAACGAGUACCCGUUCCUCCCACCGCUCCCGCAUGGCGUGCCACUGACGGAGGUAGGGUUCGUCGACGAUCCCGAGUUCCAGCGGCGUGCGGUGGAGUACAGCUUGCGUCGUGGCGACGAGAAGCUUCAGCGCGAACUGUGUGAUAUUGUGGAUCGGCUGGCAAAGCAGCGCGCGAUUCUGCGCAACCGCGGCAAGGCAAAGCACCUGUCGGUCGUGCAGCGCGUGCGUGCGGCGUGUGGGGCUGGUGCUGCUGACGCGGCACGCAGGUCCUCGGGCAACGAAGCCACCGAGGCGAUGCGGGCACAGAUGCGGUCCAAGUUUCGGGAUGAGCACCUCAGGCUGCAGUUUAUCACGCAGUGCAAGCAGGACUCGACGCGGCUGCUGAAACGGCUGAUGGUGCGCAUGAAGAGGGAGCGCACGGCCGACACCCCGCUAAGCAUCGAGGACAUUGAAACCUUCCGCUUCUUCUUUGACGGUGUUGAUGUGGGCAACUUCGGUGUGCUCGACCGCAUUGACUUUGUGGAGUUCGCGGUGCUGACAGUGAGCGAUGUUGCGACGCUGACGCGGCGCGAUGUGGAGCGGCUGACGUUCCCCAACACACCGGUGGAGCGGCUGCCGCAGGUGGUGGACUUCAGCGACUUCUCCAAGUUCUACAAGGCACUCGCACUGCAGGAGGUGAAGCAGCAGGACAGCCGCUUCCUCGAAGAGCCGCAAACGUAUGGGCGUCAGCAGCUAGGCAUCGAGUCGCCGCGGCCGCAACGCAGUCUGAGUAAUGCCGCUCGGGUUACGCUUCCGGCCAUCUCGCAACAGACGCGCAGCCAGAGCACGGUGGUCGUGCUUCCACGUGACCCUGUUGUGCCGCGGCGACCAGCAACGACGCAGCGCCUCGCACAGCGUCAGGCGGCGAGUCUCUCGCUGCCACCGGUGGCAAUGGCGGAAGCGAGAGCAGGAGCAGGAGCGGGAACGGGAACGGGAGCGGUGGCGGCGGCGGUCGCCCGCAGUGGGAUUGUGCCGCAGCGGCAGACGUGGAUGCGCAGCAAUAGCCAGCAAGAUGACAGCGACACAAUGAACGGUCCCAAUGAGUGA